AAAUCUAUUUGUAUUAAUGCACAAUUUAAUCUAUCAACUUAUAAACAUGAUUCAAUAGAUUCAAAAUGCAUUUGUAAUGAUUGGUUAAAAGAUCAUUGCGGCAGUCGAGUGGGUCAAGUGGCUGAAAACCUACCCAUACUAAGUGGUGAAUGCGAUACAAAUACAUUAUACUAUUGUCCUAUUAUAAAUGGCCCUGCUUAUGUACAGGAGCUAUGCUAUCAGUGCCACGAAGCUGAGGAAGGUUUCGAAGGUUUAGAUGAAUGUCAUAUUUCAAAUUGCAUGUGCAAAAAUAUGACUGGUCAAUUUUGUUCGGAUAAUUUUUAUGGGAAUCUAUAUGGAAAGUGUGAAAAUAAAGCAUUGUAUAGCUGUACCAAACCUAAUACAGAAGCUAAACUAAUUGAUAAAUGUUGGAAUUGUCACGAAUAUAAUCCAGGGAUGGGUUACUGCGGACCGGGAUGUAAAUGUGGACAAUGGUUAGGAAAUAUAUGUGGUUCAAGAGUUAAUCAAACCGACACAGAAGAUAAUGAAGUAUUUCUGUUAGGAGAAUGUGAACCAAACACUGUCUACCAGUGCUCAGUGAUUGAUGCAAAUCCAUUGUUUAACACUUCAUGUCAUAUUUGUAACGAAACGGAAUCGGGAAAUGAUGAGUGCUAUUCACAAUCACUUGAUUGUAUGUGUCAAGAUAAUGUAAUUGGAUUUUAUUGUUCAAAAAAUAAUUAUAAAAAAUUAUAUGGAAAUUGUGAUAGAAAUGCAUUAUAUUUUUGCGAAAAACCAAAAUCUCGUGCCAUCAAAAUUAGUCAUUGUUCUAAUUGUGUUGAUAAUGAACCUGGUCAUGCUACUUGUGGUCAUCAAGCAUUAAUAUGUAAAGAAUAUGCUGAUGAAAAUUUUGUUUGGCCAAGUGUACAAACUGGACAAUAUUCAGAAAUAAAAUGUCCAAAUGGACCUGGUUAUAUUAGAUUAAAAUGUAUGGAUGAUGGUACAUUUGACUCUAUUGGACCAUUAUAUGAAAAUUGUUGGAUUGAUCAUUUGAUUAACUAUAAAUUAACUGAUAUAGAUCAUAUAGACUUUGUACUAGAUAAAAUAGAAAACUAUACUAGUACAAGUACAGGGUUACAAUCUAUUGAUGACCAGACGGGAGCCUGGAUUCACAGUGACAAUGAAAGUCAAAUUGUUACGAUUGCUUCAAAACUAUUAGCUUAUAUAGAAACGUCAGCAUUCACUACCAGUGCUUAUUUGAACAGUCAAAACAAAUCGCAAACAAUAAUAUCCAAUAAUAUUAAUAAAUAUACUAUUGUUGGCUAUUAUAUUACUGGACUAACUAAAUAUCUAUUCAGUAAUAAAUCAAAUAUUGAAGUCAAUAGUGAUAUUAUUGGGCUUUCCAUAGAAAAUAAUGAUAAACAAAAUUUAAAUUUAGAGUAUACAUCAAAAAUAAGUUUAACACAUAUAAAAAAGUUAAAUUUGGGUGAUAAAGUUGAUUGUGCUAAUUGGGACUUUAAUAGUAAUGACUGGUCUUUUAAAAAUUGUCAUCUAAUUGAUUGGCAAUCGGAUAGAGAAACGACAGUUUGUGAGUGCCUUACGUCAGAGAACAUUGCCUUACUUUUAGAUAAGACUGACCGCGAAUCGCAUAACUUAGCAAAAUCUAUACUCACCUACAUUGCACUUAUAUCAACUAUGUUAUGUUGUCUGUAUGUAAUCGGUUAUGUAUUUGUUAAAACUUAUGGUAUUGAUCCACAAUUUAAAUCACUCGAUAAACUACUUAAGCGAUACAUAAAGAAAAUGCAUUUUUCAAUUACAAACUACAGCCUCUGCUUAUUAAUUGCUAAUAUAUUGGUUUUGAUUACACUAAAUACUAACACUACGCCGAUUUUUUGCGAAAUUCAAACAGCAUUACUAGCAUUGGUACUAUUGUCACAAUUUUUCUGGUUUAUUUGGCAAUCAUUUUAUGCCCUAAAAAUAUCAUACGAUAAUGAUUUUGUUAUUAAUAAAAAACAAUCAAUUUUAUUUGCCUAUGGACUACCAAUUUGUUUAAUAGCAAUUUAUAUACUAUGCAAUCGAUUUAUACGACAAAAUUCAAACUAUCUAAUAAUGGGAUCGGAUUAUUUUUGCUAUAUAUCAUCGGAUAAAUUUUACAAUAAUAUGUACUUUAUAAUUGGACUCAGUGCAGUGAUAAUUAUUUUUGAUAUAAUCUUAUUAAAAAUGUCAUCGGUAAAUUUUGGACACAAAUUAUACAGCACACUAUUGCAAUUAAAUAACUUUAUUUGUUGGACACUAUUUUCACUUUAUGUAAAUCGUUCUAGCUCAAAUCCAGUUAUCUUAUAUUAUCUAUUUAUUAUGAUUAAUGCAAUUCAAGGACCACUUAUGUUGUGCUAUAUUAGGAAAACGGUUAAAAUAGACUCAAGAGGUAUAUAUAAUUUAGCCGAUUGUCAUCAACAACAACAACAACAACUAAAACAACAACAACAACACCGACAUGUCAUUAAUAAUCACUCAAUGGAUGAGAUAAGUAUUAUUGGGUUUAAUAUUACUGAUAAUACAAAACCAAAAUGCAGUAAUUGUUAAAAACAUUUUUAG